GACAGAAUAAUCUGCCAGGCCCUCGCUGUCUGUGGACAGAGGGAAUAUAAACCGAGGCAGGAGAGGCCAAAACCACACGCUGGAUCAUUUGGGCUUGUAAACACCAAAAUCUAAAUUCCUCCUUUUGCUUCUACUGGAUUAUCAUCAUCAUCAUCAUCAUCAUCAUCAUCAUCAUCAUAAGUGCAGCAGCUAAAAAUGGCGCUCAUGAGGUCAGGCUGGCUGUGGAGACAAACUUCUGUGUUAAAGCGCUGGAAGUUAAACUGGUGUGAUCUUUGGAUCGAUGGGAGCCUUUGCUUCUACAAGACUGACAGCAGGCGGGAGCUGGAGCACCGCGUCAGGCUCAAGACCACAUGUGUAGAUGUGCGGUCCGGUCUGGAGUGUGGAGGUGUGACUCCACCAGAGAGCAAUCCCAGGGAGAAUCUCAUCGUGGUUCAGCUCAGAGACGGCUCGACGGUCAACCUGUGUGCCAACAGCGAGGACGAAUCUAUAGCGUGGAAACUGACUCUGCUGGAGACCAGGAGGAACCCGGUGUUCACAUAUGAUCCAUAUGACGACUCCUACCAGGCCGUCCCCCUCAACAGCUAUCACACUGUCUACAUCACACCCGGAGCAGGACCAGGCACCCACCAGGUGGUUGUUCAGAGGGAUCCGUUUGAUGCGGUGGCAGAGCAUCUAGCAAUGGGGUUACUGGCAGGCAUGGCAGCGGGAGCAGCCAUGCGAUCCUUCCUCUGGAUGCCUUUCCUUCUCUGCUGAGAUGAUCAUUGUUACCGACAUGACAACACUGCACAAAGGCCCAUCUGUCCCCACGGACAGACAACCUGUCAUCAGCACCUGUAGAAAGGCUUUUACUUCAUCUUUUAUAUCAUCUGUUUUCAAAUCAUAGCUGCUGUAACAAACAGCUGCUUACGUUUCUUUUUUUUUUCUUGUGUGCAGUUUUGCAUAUAAAACUAAUCCUGAAGAGGAUGCUGUGUAAUUAUGUUCUCUGCUCCUGAACCUUUGCAAAACAGGAAGUCAAUUUUGUAUCUCAAUGUUCUUUUAUCUGCUGCUUGAAUUUUACACUUUGCGAGCUUAACAAAGUGUGAAGCCUUUAGCAGAGAAUAAAUGGAUGUAUUAAAAUAUAAUUAGGGAUGGUGAUUGUCAGUGUUGCAUGUUUGAUUGCCCGCAAUGAUUAGCCAUAAACACGCAUUUUAAAAUACAUUUUUCUAGUUUGAUGAAACAAUCCAAACUCAAGGUACACUAACUAACAUUUUCCAGGGCUCUCAACCAUAUUACAUUGUCUUCAUCAGCAGGUGGAGCUUGCUCAGUUGUCAUGGAGAUGGAUGUGUGCCAUUGAGAUUUCAUCCAUAGCACUUUGAGGACCUUUAGUUCCUAUUGGCUUGAUAAAAACGAGCUUUCUGUCUGUGGAAGAAGACUGUGUAGCACGCUUGAAAUCUCAGGAAAAAGCUAGUCAGUGGACCUUGAGUUGGGAUUGUCUUGUCAAACUAAAAUUUUCCAGGCCAAAGAUAAACUUCGCUUGAGUUUUAUGUGAAAUCAUAAAAAUGCUUUGGAUCAAAAUGGCAUAUAAUGUCGAAUGUCAGCAGAUUUAUCUCAAUGACAACUGGGC